ACUUCAUAUCAGCAUCCUCAUAUCAGCAUCCAAGCAAUUCUUGCAAGUCUUCUCAACAUCAAUUGUGCAACUUUUUUACCAGGCUCCAUCUAGCUACCAAACUACACACUAGAAAAAGCCAUUUUUGUUGCAUCAAGUGCAUUGGCAUAACAGUAGACUCAGAUCAACCACCUCCCACAAGCUCAUCGACCAAGAUCCCUCAACAUGGGUCUUUUUUCUGGCCGGGUUGAAGCACGUGCGGAAUCGGUGGACGAUUCUCAAAGUGAGAGCGUUCACGAUGGAAGCCAAAGCAUCCUGGGGGAAUCCAAGAGUGAAGCGGGCUGGAAGGACCCCGGUCCUCCCCCGGAUGGCGGUGUCCUCGCGUGGACUCAGGUCCUGGUAGGGCAUCUGAUCAUCAUGAAUACAUGGGGAAACAUCAACUCGUUUGGCAUCUACGAGACGUACUAUGUCGAGUUCCUCAACCGCUCUCACGCGGACAUCGCAUGGAUCGGAAGCGUGCAGGUCUUCUUGGUCUUCUUCAUUGGCACAUUCUCGGGCCGUCUGACGGAUGCGGGAUACUUCCGUCCGGUGUUUGUUUUCGGCACCGUCUUGACCCUCCUCGGCCUGUUCAUGGCCUCUCUGUCCACGCAAUACUGGCAGCUAUUUCUGUCCCAAGGAAUAUGCGUCGGUCUUGGGGCUGGGUGUCUGUUCUGCCCGGCGCUAGCGAUCGUGUCCACAUACUUCUCCAAGAGGAAGAUGUUGGCUAUCGGAAUCUGUGCAUGCGGCAGCGCCACCGGAGGCUUGGUCUACCCGGCCAUGUUCCAGCAGCUCAUCCCGACUCUUGGCUACGGGUGGACCAUGAGGGCCUUGGCCUUUGCUACGAUGGUCUGCCUGGUAGUCUCGAAUCUCCUGGCGAGACCGAGACUGCCACCCUACAGCACGGGACCCAUCGUGGAACUCGCCGCCUUCAAAGAGCUUUCGUACACCUUGUUUGCGAUUGGGAUCUUCCUGGUCUUCUGGGGCGUCUAUUUUGCCUUCUACUACCUCAGUUCGUUCGGCGUCGACAUCAUCGGCAUUCCCCAAAACGAGUCGUUCAACCUGUUCCUGGUCCUCAACGGCGUCGGCAUCAUAGGCCGCACACUCCCCGCAUACUUGGCCGACCGCUACACGGGACCCAUGAACAUCCUCCUAAUGGUCACAGUCGCCUCCAUCAUCUGUGCCUGGGCGAUGAUUGGCGUCACGUCCCGAGAAGGGCUCUACGCGUGGACAGUGGUCUACGGCAUUGUUGGAAACGGUCUCCAAGCGAUGUUCCCGGCCACACUGAGCAGCUUGACAACGGACUUGAAGAAAGCUGGAGUUAGGAUGGGGAUGAUCUUCACGAUCGUGAGUUUCUCUGUGUUGACGGGGCCACCGAUUGCUGGUCUCUUGAUCACAAGAGACAACGGCCGCUACGUGUAUGCGCAAGUCUUCGCGGCGGCGUCCAUGGUUGUUGGGUUCUUGUUCCUCUGCGGUUCUAGACUCGCGGUAACAGGCAAGGUUUUGCUCUACAAGAUCUAGCGGCUUGUCACAGCUUCUUAUGUCACUGGUGACGGUUUGGAGGCAGGUUUUCGCGAUUAACACGGUCAUGUGCCGGCGCUGUUUCCACAAUCAUCAUGUUCGGAAAAGAUUAUGAACUGGAGUUAGAGGUUUGCAUCCAUUACAGAGAUUAGACGGUUGCAUUUGGCAUUUCUCCUUUCUUCGAAUUAGCAAAAAGUAGUCAAUAAGAGGUUCCCACUC